CUCCAGGAAAAGAAAUUAAAUGCACACACACAGAGGCACAGAGGGACGGGCGAUUUGAAAAUAUUCCUGCGAACGCAAUUUGCGCUCAUGCGGCACAGGGUCACAUGAAAGAGGCCGCCUGAAGAGCUGGCUGGCACAGGUUUAUUUUGUUGUAAUAUUUUCUUCCACCCCCCAGCUCUUUACCCAGUGGAAUGAUAUCCAGAGCAAGUUUUUUGAGACAGGAAGUGAGGAAUGUUUUCACUAUGAGUGAUCUGAGAAGAAGGUGGGUUAGCCGAGAUAGCAGCUGUUUCGGACAAGAGGAACACAGUAAGUCAGCUCCCGAGGAAUACAGAUGAGAUGGCUCCGGGAGGAAAAGUCUUGGAGCACUGAGGACUUUUUUCAGCUACACGUAUGUGAGGGGAGACUCGCUGUCUUUGGAUCGCUGUGCAAGAAUUCCAGUGGAUGUCUCUUCUGCUUAUUUCUUGGUGGAAAACUUACUUGUCUUUAAUGGAUACUGCUGCUGCUGGUUGAUCUCUGGAGACUUUACAACUUCUUACCUGUUGAGAGCAGACAACUUCCCGUCCCCUCUCAAGGUCCUGUUGGUAGUACCUCUUUAAUAGUAACCAUCUGAGGGGGAAGAAAGAAGAUGCCUCUACCUUUUGGGUUAAAAUUGAAACGAACUCGACGUUACACAGUAUCCAGCAAGAGCUGCUUGGUGGCUCGUAUCCAGCUGCUCAACAAUGAAUUUGUGGAGUUCACGCUGUCAGUGGAAAGCACCGGCCAGGAAAGUCUGGAAGCAGUGGCUCAGAGGCUUGAAUUGCGGGAGGAUGGUGAUUCCUCAGGUCACUGUACCCUUGAGGCAGAUUACGUAUUUCAGUCUGUGGUAUUAUAAUAAGCAGAAUCAGCGCAGAUGGGUAGAUUUGGACAAGCCUCUGAAAAAGCAGCUGGACAAAUAUGCCUUAGAGCCAACUGUGUAUUUUGGAGUAGUGUUCUAUGUGCCUACUGUUUCUCAGCUUCAGCAGGAGAUUACCAGGUAUCAGUAUUAUCUGCAAUUAAAGAAAGAUAUCUUGGAGGGCAGCAUUCCUUGCACACUGGAACAAGCAAUACAUUUGGCUGGUUUGGCUGUUCAGGCUGAUUUUGGAGACUAUGAUCAGUAUGAAUCUCAGGAGUUUCUACAAAGAUUUGCUUUGUUUCCAGUGGGUUGGCUACAAGAAGAGAAAAUAUUGGAAGAAGCAACACAGAAAGUUGCCUUGCUACAUCAGAAGUACAGAGGCCUUACUCCUCCUGAUGCGGAAAUGUUAUAUAUGCAAGAAGUAGAACGAAUGGAGGGCUAUGGUGAAGAGACCUACCCUGCAAAGGACAGCCAAGGAAGUGACAUAUUCAUUGGAGCAUGUCUUAAUGGUAUCUUUGUGAAACACAAAAAUGGUCGUCCUCCUGUUGUAUUUAGGUGGCAUGAUAUUGCCAACAUGUCCCACAAUAAAUCCUUUUUUGCAUUAGAGCUGGCCAACAAAGAAGAGACAAUUCAAUUCCAAACUGAAGAUAUGGAAACAGCAAAAUAUGUGUGGAGGAUGUGUGUGGCUAGACACAAAUUUUACAGACUAAAUAAAUGCAGCCUAGACUCCCUGGACUCUCCACCUGAGGAGGGCUCUCAGAAAUCUUCCCUCAUUCUUUCCCUUCCACGCUUUCCAAUCCUUUCUCGUCCUUCACUUCCUAAAGGACAAACUCAGCCCGUUACAGUGAAUCCUGUUAGAAGACGGUCUUCAUCCAGAAUGUCUAUGCCUAAGCCUCAGCCUUAUAUGAUGCCUCCACCACCUCAGCUGCAUUACAAUGGUCAUUAUACUGAACCAUAUGCAUCUUCCCAAGAUAACCUCUUUGUGAGCAAUCAGAAUGGAUACUACUAUCACUCUCAGACUAGCUUGGAUAGAGCCCCUCAUGACUACAGUGGUCGGAUCCGCAAUGGUAGUGUCUAUAGCGCACACAGCACAAACUCCUUGAACAACCCACAGCAUUACUUGCAGCCAUCCCCCAUGUCCUCUAACCCAAGCAUUACUGGAAGUGAUGUCCUCAGAACUGAUUAUGUCCCCUCACACAGACAUAGUGCACUAAUACCACCUUCUUAUCGUCCCACACCAGACUAUGAGACUGUGAUGAGGCAGCUCAACAGAGGAAUGGUGCACACAGAUAGGCAGAGUCAUUCAAUGAGAAAUCUUAACAUCAGCAAUUCCUAUGCUUACAGCAGACCCGAUGCCUUAGUUUACAGUCAGCCUGAAAUACGAGAACAUGCUCACUUUGCUGCCCCACAGUCUAACCAUUAUCCAUUUAACCUGAACUACAGCUUUCAUAGCCAAUCACCCUACCCCUAUCCUGCUGAAAAGCGCCCAGUUGUUGGGGCAGUCAGUGUACCUGAGUUGACAAAUGUGCAGCUCCAGGCUCAGGAUUAUCCAGCACCAAAUAUAAUGAAGACCCAAGUCUAUCGACCACCUCCCCCAUACCCGUACCCAAGGCCUGCAAACAGUACUCCAGACCUUUCCCGGCAUAUCUACAUCAGCAGCAGCAAUCCAGAUCUUAUCACAAGGCGAGUGCACCAUUCUGUCCAGACAUUUCAGGAAGACAGCCUGCCUGUGGCACAUUCUCUUCAGGAAGUCAGUGAGCCUCUAACAUCGGCACGCCAUGCGCAGCUGCAGAAAAGGAACAGUAUUGAAAUAGCAGGCUUGGCUCCCAGCUUUGAAGGAAUAAGGAUUAAAGAGAGGACCAUGUCAGCUUCUGCAGCAGAUGUGGCUCUUCCAAGAGUUAUCUCAGAAGGGUCACAGCCCAACAUUCUGAUGGAGAGAGCGAAGCAAAAAGAAGGUGAGCAGGAAGAAUGUGUGAAUUGUGAUCAUAAGAAAACCCUUUCAGAUGCCACUAUGCUGAUUCACAGUAGUGAGGAAGAAGAAGAAUUUGAAGAAGAAAACAAGGCUAAUACAAGUCUUUCUCCUCUUCCCGAAGAUCAAACCCAACUUUCAUCUGUUAUGGGAGGUUAUUCUCAUGAUUCAGUACUGAACUACCCUUAUAGCUCUGUUGCUUCAUCUGCUGGCCCUUUGCAUAUUCUUGAGCCUAAAUUGCAUAUUUCAGAGGCAGAGAAGAGAAUGAAAGAUAUGAGCCCCGUUCAUUUACUAGUAGAAAGCCAGGUCCAGAGAAGAGGGGAAGGACUGCUUACUCCAUCCAUGUCAGAAUCUGAUCUUACAACAUCAGGGAGAUACAGAGUAAGGAAAGAUUCAGUAAAGAAGAGACCUGUGUCCGAUCUUUUGUCUGGGAAAAAGAAUAUUGUGGAAGGCCUUCCCCCACUAGGUGGUAUGAAAAAGAAUAAAAAUGAUGCAAAAAAAAUUGGGCCUUUAAAGCUAGCUGCCCUAAAUGGACUGGCAUUGACUAGAAUGCCUCUGCCAGAUGAGGGGAAGGAAGAACCAACAAGAGCAACAAAUGAUGAAAGGUGUAAAAUUCUGGAGCAACGGUUAGAGCAGGGCAUGGUGUUCACUGAAUACGAGCGCAUCCAGAAAAAAAGGCUUAUCGAUGGUGAGUGCUCAAUAGCUCGGCUUCCUGAAAAUGCUGAAAGAAACCGGUUCCAGGAUGUCCUGCCUUAUGAUGAUACCAGAGUAGAGCUAGUCCCAACCAAAGAAAAUAACACAGGAUACAUCAAUGCAUCUCAUAUCAAGAUCUCUGUUGGGGGCAUAGAGUGGGAUUACAUUGCUACGCAGGGCCCUUUGCAGAAUACAUGUCAGGAUUUCUGGCAGAUGAUCUGGGAACAAGGAAUUGCCAUCAUAGCUAUGGUGACGGCAGAGGAAGAAAGUGGGCGAGAAAAAAGCUUCAGAUACUGGCCACGUCUUGGUUCACGACACAACACCGUAACCUAUGGAAGAUUUAAGAUUACCACGCGAUUCCGUACUGACUCAGGCUGCUACGCAACUACAGGUUUGAAGAUUAAACAUCUUCUCACAGGACAGGAGAGGACGGUUUGGCAUUUGCAGUACACUGACUGGCCAGAGCAUGGCUGUCCAGAAGAUUUAAAGGGAUUUUUAUCAUACUUGGAAGAGAUACAGUCCGUGCGGCGCCACACGAACAGCACUGCGGAUCCUAAAAGCUCCAAUCCCCCUGUACUGGUGCACUGCAGUGCAGGUGUGGGGCGAACUGGAGUGGUCAUACUGUCAGAGAUCAUGAUUGCUUGCUUGGAACACAAUGAGAUGCUGGACAUCCCACGAGUGCUGGACAUGUUGAGGCAGCAGAGAAUGAUGAUGGUGCAGACUCUUUCGCAGUACACUUUUGUCUAUGGAGUUCUCAUUCAGUUUCUCAAAAGUUCUAGACUUAUCUAAUCCCUGCCACUUCCUAAGGGACACUGCAAGAGUUUACAGAAAGGAAAUCACAGUUGUCCAGAUAGACCUGGUGUUUUCUUUGUAUGAUGAAUCACACAGUUAUCUUUUAGAGCUGCUGUGUACCUGUUAAACCUGAGUCAGUGUAACAGUCCCUACAAAGUAGGAUCUUCGCUGGACUAAAUUCUUCCCGUGUUCAGCUGCAGUCAUAUUAAGAAAGAAUUUCACUGGUCUGUAGUACUUACACAUGUUCUUUGGAGUGGUGUUACUCUGGGCAAAAUAUCAUGGAAUGGAAGUACACAGCACAAUUUUACUAACAUUAUGUUUUGAAACAUAAUUUUUGACUGUGUGAAAGCUAAAAUCUGUAGGAGCACAUGGAGUGAGAAACCUGCUCCUUGGGAAUGUCAAGGUCUUAUGCAGUUUCAUUCUGCUUUCAAUUUUAUAUUUAGAACAAUACAUCUAUAUUUUUAAAAACGAACUUUUGGUUUCCUCUGAUUUAUUUAGAAAAAUUGGCAGCUCUUAGAUAUUUCAAGCUGUUGCUUUAAUGACAGUUAUUUUUAUAUUCAUAAUUUUUAAAUUAAAAAACCCAAAACACCACAACACAAAACUUUUGAAACAGAACAAUAUUUUCAGAGGAGAAGACUGACAGUGUUUGAAAAAACUUUUCAAAAAUCAUGCAGAAAGUCCUAGGGGAAGCUAUUGGUAAUUAGUUGUAGUGCCAUGUAAUAGAAUUGACAAGUGAAAGAUAAUGGCAACUGUUGGUAACUUCCAUUUGAGUGGAGGCAUUUCUACCUGAAACAAGCAGGAGAAAAAUAUUUUAAGUAUCUGCGAGGUUAUUGGAAACAAAUGGAUGAAAGUACAUAUUCAGUAUUAUUCAUAUGUUUAGAGGACAGUUUGAUUUUACUGGCUGAAAUCAAAGUGGAUGCAAAUGUUUUAAGCACUUUUUUUUUUCUCUGUUAUUUAUGUAGUUAAACAUAGGUAAUAUAAUCAUGCAUUGUUGCAUAUGGUAAUAUACCAUUACUAACCUGAUAUUUUAGGAAGAGGCUUUUAAGCUGAUGAAAUGAGAGAACCAAAAUGGGAGUAAGAAGGUGCACAGUGGUGAAGCAGAAGUGGUGGUAUGAAGCAGAGUGGAGGAGGUGUGGCAGCUGUGAUUGCUCGUUUACACAGUGCAAAGAUGACUAUUCAAAAUGUUAGUGUUCCCAGCCAAGAAAGCCGUUAAAGCACUGGAAGUUUCUGUAGAAUCCUCCAGAUUAUUUUGUCAGCACUAGAACAGCUUUUGCUAAUGCUGUGCAGCAUUGCAAAGAAGAGGAUUUGAGAACACUUGUAGAGUGUAAGAGCUGUUAGAGGUAACACUGGAGAUGUGGGUAUUUUAGUAGCUGUGUAGGUGGCUGAGUCAAUGGCUGUGGCAUGGACCUGAAGAUGAGUCAUGCCUUUGGUAGUUUCUAUUUUGUCCCAUGGAGGCUGAUCUAAUGACAGUAUCCCUAAAUAAUCCUCUGUCUGUGGUUUUCAGGUGGGGACAGUAUGGUUUUAGCUGCCUUUUGAGAUGCUGAGUUGAAAACCUAUUCAAAAAUGAGCUAUAACUUUUAUAUAUCUGGUUUAAUUUCAAAAAGACCCUAUAGUAGACCAGUCUGCUGGAAUGCUUAAGUGUCCAUUUCCCUUGAUACCUGCUUAGUGAAAUGAAAUGAAAUGAAAUGAAAUGAAACUAAAAGUAAUUUUUAUCAGUGCUGAAAUUAUAUUAUUUUUCUGAGCUCUCACAAGGGUUUGGAAACUAUUGAAACCCUUUCAAAAUAAUAAUUGUGUCCCAAAACAUUAAUUAAGAAUGAUAGAUGGGUUGCCUUAAUUUUCUCUAUAAUAAGCUACUUCCACAAAACACACAGUCCAAAUGACAUUGUGCUAAUAUGUAAUUCUGUACAAAAUCUUUUACUUUAAGGCACACUGUAUUGAUCUGGUGCUUUUAGGUCUGCUUGGAGGCAGUCUGAAUUUUUGUACUCUCAGUAUAAGUUAGAUCGAAUAUUUCAGACUAGGGAAAAGAAAUGUUGUUCUUACAUAAAUUUCCUAGGAAUAAUUAAUUGCCAAAUGUAAAACUGGAAGUCCAGAGGAAACCAGUUAUCAAAGACUGAUUCUUUACAUAUAAAUCUUGCAAACAAACCAAGCUGACAUUUCUGUGUUGAAAGACGUAUUGAAAGAAACCAACAUUCUUAGCUAUUUGUAUCAUGCUGUGUUUUAAAAACAUGUUUAAUUUUUGCCACAGUUUACUGCUAUCUGCAGAAAUCUUUUUAAAUGGAAGGGCAGGCUCUAAAAUGUAGCUUGUACCUUUUCUGUGUCUAAAUUUUGGACUGUGAUCUUCAUAACCUCAUAAAUACAGUUUUAAUGACAUGAUGGGCAACUAGAACUUCAAGCAACAGCUUUCAGCUGUUCAGCAGUUACUGGAACAGAAUAUCAGCUUCUAGGCAUUAGAAGGAGCAGUUAUAAGAAACAAUUUAAUCCAGUACUUAUAGGAUUAUCUGAGGUGGAUGAGGAAAUGUGUGUCUUUUGGCUUAUUUUUCUGUUUCUGUUUUGCUGAAAGAAUUUGUGUUCACUUUUAGAGGCAGUUGCUCUCCAAUAUGAUAGUCACAGUCUUGAUUUUUAUUUUUAAGCAUAACACUGCUACCUCCUCCCCUUCAGCUUUCAGUUUUGUCCAUCAGCAGUCUGUUUUUGCCUUAAUAGACUUGACCUUAGUAGACUUGACUUCAUGUGAACUUUCCUGCUGACGAGUGCAGGAUUGUGUUUGUAUGUAAGCAUAAGGCUUUGAGUGAGCAUUGAAAACAAGCAGUUUCUCUUCUAAAGAUACCAAAUCAAAUUAUACUUCACAAUCCCCUGUAACAAAAUGAUUUUUAAAACCAUUGUUUAGAUUUUCAGUUAACUUAUAAAAGACAAUUCAGUUUUUAGCACUUUGUUCUGAGCCUUGGAAAGGGAUGAAUUUUUAUUUGUAGUUGUGCUGGGCGCUUCAUGAAGCGUUGGACGUUAGAAGAACAUCCACUGUCCAAAUCCAGUCACAGUGUGAGUCGGAGGUGGGUUUAUUUGUCAAAAGCUUAAAAUUUCACUAUAAGCCUGUCCAUUUUGCCAAAUGUGUUUCUGUUUUUACAGGGAUGAAACCAGAUCAUUAUGCAAGAUUUGAACGGAUUUUGUUUAGUAAGAAAAGUUGUAUGAAGACAUUCUUGCAGUAAAUGGCAAAAAUGAUGCUGAUCUCUAGGGAUGUCAGAGCUCUCAGGGACAAAUAAAGGUGCUAUAUACUGUCGAGACAGACUUGACUGUCUUUGUUGGCUAGGUGGAAGAUGCAUUUUAGGAUCAAAUUUUACGAAGAGUCAGGAGAAGAACCCGCAUAUUGUAGCAAGGACUUCUGCACAUUUCAUUUCUUUCUUGGUUGUUCUGAUGGGAGAUUUUUGGCCAGUGAAUCUUUGUAGUUUUGGGCUAGAAGCUCUUCUCUAAGAAGCUAAGUCAGAGCCCUGUCCAUUGCAAAGAUAUCACUGACUUAGCUGGAUUAUCUGUAGCCUGCAGCUCCCUCCUGGCCCUGUUGGGUGAGGAAGAAGCUCUGUGCCACACUGGGGAGUUUUGCAGAGCCUCUGCAGCCUGCACAGCAGUGCCCUCCUUCUCUGCUGGACCCUGGGAAGAGCAGGAAAACUUUUAAGCCUUAGUGUUGCACUCAUUGCAAUACCUUUUGCACAAGUGAACAAUAAACACUACAAGUGCAGGGUGCUACAGUUUAUAUGUAGAAAUAUAUUUAAUCCAAAGCAGGUGAGCAAGGCAGGGUCCCUGUAUUUUUGUGGAUGAAGAGCUGCUUUUAGUUAUCAUCAAGAUUUAGGGGAGAAAGUAAAAUAAAGUAAUAACAAAUAAAAGUAAAAUAAAUUUGUACUAAAAUGGAAAAGAUUCUUGACAUUUUGAGAAAUUUAUUUCUGGUUUCUCAUCUAAUCCUCUGUGUAUCUGUUUGAAGUGGACAACACUUGGAGCAAUUUUCUCCAAAAUAGCUCCUUUAAAUUUAAUAAGUAAGACUACCUGAAGCUGCUGCUACAUAUUUCCUGUUGGAGCAGCUGUUAAAGUUGAGUAGCUCAUAGAUUUCAGUGGCCUCUGGACCAAACUUGGGAGCUGCAGGGUUGUUUAUCAUACAAGCUAGCUGUGUAAUGAGACCUCAGUUUUAAUAUCAGUAGCAUUAUUAAAUCCCUGGACUUAAAAAUAGUGAACCCAUUACUAUAUUUCAAUAGCUAGUUCAAAUUAUUAAUUUAAAAGAUCAGUGCUUCAGUUGCUAAGAACUCAGUGCUUUAGAGUUUAGGGUGGUUUUGAUUUUGUUUUCUUACAAUACUGCAAAGUCAUGCAAAGCCAGAGUCCAGUCCUGCAAGAUGCAAAAUUCCUGCAGUUCUUCUGUGGGAAUUAAAAUGGGCUUAUUGCCAAUGAAAGCUUGAGCCCUUCAGGCAUGAAUGCUCACAUGUCUGCUUUAAAUUUAAAUACAGAUUACAAGAAUUAACCAAAAGAAUGCAGCAGGAAUGUGCAUACAGGAAGGUACAGCAUUCAAAGGAAAAGUAGCUGAGAAUUCAGAAGAAAUUGUCUUGUCUUGGACAAGAGAAUUCAAAAUUUUGGACAUAGACAGGAGGAUUUGAGGAGUGGCAGAAGGCAUUUGGAGGAGGAUUUGGAAUGUUUUGUAUCCACAGCAGAGCUGCUAGAAAGGUUUGAGUCAUAUGGUAUGUUUUUCAUGGCAUGGUAGGGUAAGUGAAUAUGCAGUUAUAGGUGUUAUUUUUACUGGCUUUUUAAAAUGUGAUUUUUUUAAAACUCCAAAUAUUUUUUCAGAGGCUCUGUUAUUUUUACGUAUCUUCCUUUCCAACUGUAUUGAAUAAAAUCUGUCAGCUCAAUUUCUGUUUAAUUAUUAAAGGUCAGAUUUUUCAAACCACAGCCUCUGGUUUUACAGAUGCAAAAUGCAGGGGGAAUAGGCGUUUUUUUUUGUAAUUUGGCAGUGAUGACUUCUAAUGGAUGCAGGUGAGAUGAUUUGAAAGUCUGAAUAUGUUAUGAAUGAGGCCAGGUGUUUACAGUUGGUGUGAGUUGCACCAAGGUAAGGCCGGGCUGACAAAGAGGCUCUUGAAAUACGGAAUUUAACAUAUGCUUAGAAGUUCUGUUGCAGUCCAGCAUUUGCAAAGCAGGUACAUUAAAAUAAUGUAAUACUGUGCUAAGGUAAGGGAAAAAAUCUUAAACUUUUAACUGCUGUUACAAACAUGUCUGUAAAAACAAGUUAAAGAAUAACAUUUCUUAGGAAGAUCCUGCUGGGGACCAGCUAACUUGGUGUAUUCUGUUGGAAGCACAUAUGUUACUUUAAGGUCUAACUGGGCUGAAAAAAAAAAUUUGUUAACUUCAAUGAACAUUUCAAAAACUUUUGCUAAAUAGCCUUUGGUUCUAUUCUUUGCUAUUUUCCACAUGAUGCUGCGUUCAGUGGGGCAGAAUAAUAUCCAGGGUAUUUGCUUUGUAGAAGUCUGUUCUUCAGCCCUACUUAGGGGAUGAAGAUAGAAACCAAAUUUAAAGAAUCUGAUGAACAGAGUUUACACAGAUCCAGCCUGUGGCAAGUCAGAGAGCAAGUCUGUAGAUAUUGUAACAUUCUUUUGGUUCAGAUAUACAGCAAUCCAAACUACCAAAUUAUUAGUUUUACGAGUACAGUUUCAGAAGGUGCCUAACUUUUAUAAAGGGAAUUUAAAUGCUGUUUUUCAAUUUGGAAAUAUUUAGGUGAAAUUAGGAGACUUUAAUAUUUUAAAGACAUUGCAAAUGUCAUUAAUUUUUAAAAUGGUAGGAAACUUGAUGGGGAUAACCCCUGAAAAAUCCUCAAGUAUGUCACCUUGCUAAUCCUGGAUAAUUCUGACAGACAAGGUGUGUAUGCUCUUUACAAAGAUACUUGCUUAAAUUGCUUUGAAAUACCCAACGUGCCUGUCCUCUUUAUGGCUUAUCUGAGGACUUGGAUGGAAAUUUUAGAGGCUUUAUUUGGCAAGUCAGUAAGCAUGUACUCUCCUGCACACUGCUGAAAUCUCUCCAUUCAGUUAAAGCAAAUGGGUGUUUGAAGUCCCAACAGCAGUUUUGUAGGACUGAAUUCUUAAUGUCAGAGGAACAUGGGAUCUGGCUCCAUUUUCUUCAUUUUCAUUUGAGCCAGUAUGCAAGGAUUUAAAUGGGACUUUGUUUAAACAGUAGCAAACAUGAAGUAUUAUUUUCUAGUACCAAGCUAGUGGUUUAUGUCUAUUUUUGCUGUCUUGUCACGAAUAUUGUAAAAAUGUAUAAUCAAACCAGCUUUAAUUCUUGUAAAACUGAAAUUGGUUUGUAAAACAAUGUAUAAAUUGUGUUUCAUAGAGAGAAAAGCUUGUAUUACUGAAUGUAAUAUAUGUGAAACGAAUAUAUUAUAGUCUAUUUUUGCCAUGGAAAUAAAUAUUUGAAGCAGCUAUGAGUUUUUAUUGUUCCAUUUUAAAAGGAAAAAUCUGAGAACUUACUGUUCAUGUGCAGUGCUAAGCUGGGACUUUGCCUUCAGUACACAAAGGUGCAAUCCCUCUUCUAAAGUGCUGCAAGUACUGGAUAUAAACUUAGGCCGUCAAAUACUAAGAGCUGUUAUCUUUGUAGUAGGAAAAUCUUGUGCCUGCUGCCCUGUCAUUGUUGUUCACAAUGUUUCGCACUUUCUGAAGCCAUUUUUGGUACUGAGCUUUCAAUUUCCCUGUAACCUUUAAUGUAGGAGGGAUUAAAAUGUUUUGAGAAUUGCAGAACCCUUUCCAAAAGGAUGUGAGAGGAAACAGUUGAUUGUAUGAUUGGACCUGCUACCAACAACUAACACUGAAGUUUUUCUUCAUUUUAUAUUUGGCAUUUAUUUAAAAAGGUAGGUGGUACAAAGGCUUG